UUGUUAAAGUUCACAAGUGCUUUCUCUGUUUAAAAAAUUUUUAUUACUGAAUAUUAUAAAAAUAUAAUAAAAAUUGUCAGUUUUAUAUAUUGGACGAAGGAAUUGAAAUGGAAAUUCGUACAAUAACUUUUUUAUUUUUUAUAAUAGCGGUUUGCUCUUUGAUAUACAAAAUAUAUCGAAAUUAUUUAUCAUACUGGAAUAACCGGAAAGUACCAUCUGUGAGGACAUUUCAAAAGUUUUUUGAUGUGUUGUUCUUAUAUAAAAAAUGUCCUGCAAUAGCUUUUAAUGAAAUCUAUGAAGAUCGUAACACCAGAAAUGAGCCAGUUGUUGGAAUUCAUAUAUUUCACAGACCAGCUUUAGUCAUCAAAGACCCUGAGCUAAUAAAAAAAGUUUUGAUUAAAGACUUCAACUACUUUCAAGACAGGUUUACAACAGCAGAUAUACAUAGGGAUUUAUUAGGAAGCAACAAUUUAUUUCUACAAAAAAACCCUCGUUGGAAAAAAAUGCGUACUAACUUAACGCCGGUUUUUACAAGUGGCAAAAUAAAACAAAUGUUUUCAUUAGCAAAUGAUAUUGGGAAAGAGCUUGACAGACAUAUACUUGCAUUAACAGAAAAUUCACCAAAUGAAUCCGAUCAAGAAGUUAAAGGUAUUGCGCAAUUAUUUACAAUAGAUGUCAUUGCUAGUAUCGCAUUUGGUAUAGAUGCCAAUAGCAUGUCCAAUCCUAAAGCAGAUUUUUUAAAACAUGGACGAGAAAUUUUUAAUUUUACAAGGUGGAGAAGCUUUGAAUUCUCAUCACUGUUCUUUUUACCUGAUAUAGUCUCCUUUUUAAAUGUUAAGGUUUUCACAGAAAAAUCAACGCAUUUUCUAAAAUCAUCAUUUCGACAUAUAAUGCAAGAACGUGAAAAAUCGAAUAUGCAAAGAAAUGACUUAAUAGAAGCGUUAUUACAAAUACGAAAACAACAAAAAUUCGAAAAAGAUCAAAAUAAAAUAUUAGAUGAAACAUCUUUGAUAGCUCAAGCGGCUACUUUUUUCAUAGCUGGAUACGAAACAAGCUCAACAACAAUAUCAUUUGCAUUAUGGCAACUUACGCUAAACCCUGAGAUACAAGAUCGACUUCGUCUAGAAAUAAAGAACGUUCUUGAGAAAAGUAAUGGAAAAUUGACAUAUGAUUUAAUACACAAUAUGGAAUAUUUAAAUAUGGUAGUGCAAGAAACACUCAGAUUGUACCCGGUAUUACCAUUUUUAGAUAGAAUUUAUAAAGAUCCAGGAGGGAAAGAUUACACUUUAGAACCAUUUUGCAAAGGGUCGAUAAAAAGUGGAACACCAAUUCAUAUCCCAAUAUACUCUAUACAACGCGACGAAAAUUAUUUUGAAAACCCCAACAAAUUUGAUCCAGAAAGGUUUACAAUUAACAAUAAGAAAAAAAUAGUUCCUUAUUCAUUUAUGCCAUUCGGUGUGGGCCCAAGGAAUUGUAUCGGCGAACGUUUUGGAUUAUUACAAACGAAAAUUGGAUUACUAUACUUUUUGAAAAGCCAUAAACUUGAAAUAUCUGAACGAACUUUAAAGGAAACAAAAUUAAACAAUAAAGCUUUACUUUUACAAUUGAAGGAUGGUAUUUAUGCUAAACUUGUGAGAGAUCCUCUUGUUAUAUAGAAGCAAUAUUGUCAAAUAAAUAAGUAUUAAUGGC